GAAAUCAUAUACUUGAGAUAUUGAGCCAAAAAAUAUUCACUAUUUAAAAAUCAUUGCUUUACGGGAUUCCUGUCCUGUAGAACUAGUUCCCAGACUUUCCUCGAACAGUUUUUCAAGAUGGCGGACGACGAUGGCUACAAUAUUGGGGAUGACAGCGAUUCAGACGACGAAACAGGAUGGCAGAGUGAAAACGAAGAAGAAGAACUUGAAAUUGCCGAAGAUCAAAAUGUCAGCGAAGUCGACUUUGCAGCAGAAAUGCAGAUGGAACUCGAUGCUUCGAUAAGACAGCAAUCCCUUCAAAGUGAUAAAGGUAGCACCCAAUCCACUGAAAAAACUGAUGAAUGUACAAAAAAGGAAGAGGUUUAUGAUGAUGAUUAUUUUAGUUCUGGAUCAGAAGAUGAUAAUCUUGUGGGUGGCAUCCCUUCAAAGUCUAAACAACGACGCAAGGUUAUGUCCAAUGACGAGUUGUUCUAUGAUCCUGAAAUGGAUGACAAAGAUGAAAAAUGGGUGAAUAACCAACGGGAAAUGAAUGCCAUAUUAGAGAAAUCAAAGAAAKGCAAAGCUGAAUCCAGUUCAAAGUCCAAGUGUACAAAAGCUCCUGGUAGUGAUGCCAUACUUUCAUGUCCAGCUUGUCUAACAAUGCUUUGCAUUGAUUGUCAACGACAUGACAUAUACAAGAGCCAAUACAGAGCAAUGUUUGUCAUGAACUGCAAAGUUGUGACAAACGAAAUACUAAGAUACAAAGAACAGAGACAUAAACACAGAGGGAAACUAAAAGGAAAGUUAGUUAAUGCUGCUACAGAAAACCAGCAAGAGGAAAACACAACRGACAGUGAAAUAUACAACCCAGUAAAAUGCAGCGAAUGUGGAACUGAAGUUGCUGUCUUUGAUUGUGACGAGGUGUAUCAUUUCUUUGAUGUCCUGUCAAGUUAUGCAUAAGCAUGUAUGCAUCGUUUGAUAAUAGCUAAUUGAAGGAGCUCAAAGACAAYGUGCUAAUAAAUUAUUGUUUUACAGAAGA